GGUGGCGGGCGGGGGCGGGGCCGGGGGCGGGGCCGAGCUGGGGGGCGGGGCCGAGCCCGCGGCCCGGCCGCGGCGGAAGACGAGGAUGGUGCCCCGCUACGCGCGGAAGGCCGUGCCGCCGAGCUCGGAGCUGAAAGGAAAAACAAAACAUCCUCUUAAUCACCAUCCUCUUCCGGAGCUGCUAGAUGAUGUAUCAUUGACAAAUGACAGCCAUGAAAAAGAUACAAGUUCCCAAAGUGCAUCUGACAACACACAAGAAUCACCUUUCACCUCAGCUGACACUGGGAACUCACUAUCUGCUUUUCCAAGUUAUACGGGCACAGGCGUCUCCACUGAAGGCAGCUCGGACUUCUCCUGGGGAUAUGGUGAACUUGAUCAAAAUGCCACUGAGAAAGUCCAGGCGAUGUUCACAGCCAUUGAUGAGCUCUUGUACGAGCAGAAGCCAAGCAUCUAUACAGAGAGUCUCCAAGAGGAGUGCCAACAGUGGACAGACAGCUUUCCUCACCUCAGGAUUCUGGGUCAGCAGAUUCUCACCCCAAGUCAAGGUUAUGGACUUUAUCCGAGGUCUCCUGCUGUUUCAACUUCACAGGAGAUAACAUUGUCCCAGGAAAGAGAUUCUACCAUAUUUGGUAUAAGGGGCAAGAAGUUACAUUUUUCAUCUUGUGCUCAGAAAAUGACUUCUAUUGCCAAAUCCCCUAGCAUGUCUUCUCUGGAAAGAGAGGAAGACCGUGUGCUCAUCUCCGAAGGAAUCAUAGAGGAGUACCUGGCCUUCGACCACACAGACAUGGAAGAAGAGUUUCGUGGAAGGAAACCAAGAGCAGCUACAGAGAAACAGAGAUUAGGGUACCCUCCUAUUUCCCCACUUUACUGCAUGAAGGAGGAUGUCCUUGCUUACGUGUUUGAUGAUGUGUGGAGAAAGGCCCUGGGCUGCAUGGAGCAGUUGACGCGGAGUCACUGGGAAGGGUUUGCUUCCGAUGAUGAGAGUAAUGCCACAGUCACCAGACCAGGUUCAGAGAGCCCCAGUGAGCUGAAUGAGCCACCACCUUUGAUCUUACCUCGAGUCCCACAGUCCAAGGUGCUGUCCAUUACCUCCAACCUGAUGAGUCUCUGUCAAGCUGGAAGUGGUCACCAGCCAAAUGUGAACGGUCUCUUGGUUCAUGGGAUGCCUCUGCAGCCAAGAAAUCUCUCCCUAAUGGACAAGCUCCUAGAUCUCGAUGACAAGCUACUGAGGCCUGGGUCUAGUACCAUCCUUUCAACUCGAAACUGGCCCAGCCGCGCCCUGGAGUUCAGCACCUCAUCUCUGUCGUACACAGCGCAGUCUGCCCGGAGACGCAACCCCCCACCACGCACCCUCCAUCCCAUCAGCACAAGCCACUCUCGCGCAGGGACCCCAAAACCCCUGGAGGAAAUCCUCAGGAGAUCCCGAGUUCCAGUGACCGCAGAUUCCCUCUCCUACUCCUCAAUGAUGCCCCUGAGUCGAAAUAACCUGCUGCCCCCUAUUGGCACAGCUGAUGUGGAACACUUGAGCACGAUGGGAUCACAAAACUCCAAGAAAACCCACAGUGACUCGGGCCGAGCUCGAAGCGCCAUGGUGGAUGACCCGAACCACCAGCAGCCACAGGAGAGGCUCCUUUUACCUGACUUUUUCUCCAGGCCCAACACAACGCAGUCAUUUCUGCCAGACACCCAGUAUCAUCGCUCGUGUGCCAUUGAGUACCCUCACCAGGCCCGCGCUGCCCGGGGAUCUGCAGGGCCAGGUUCUCAGUUACACGGGUCUACAAAAUCUCAAAACAGAGGUGGACCAGUCUCUAGAUCCAGGCAGGGACUAUAGGGCAAAAACCGAGAAGAACCUGCUUCAGGCUAAAGGUGACAAAUGAGAAGAUUCUGUGAACCAAGUUUUCCGCCACCUUGUGAUCCACAGCUUGCAUGCAAGAAACGACUCGCUACCAACUUCAUUUCAAGUAUUUUGGUACAAAUGACUGAGGGAAAAAUACCUGCCAAAGAUUACAUGGGUACUAUUUUUAUCUGCUGUAAUUGUCUUUCAGCAUUCAUUAACCAGCCUGUUAGACCAGACAGUAAAUUUGUACCCAGAGAUAUAACAAAUGAAGAACCCCAAAUCACUGCUCAUGUUGCCUGUUAACAAUGAUCAGUUCAAUUAUUAUAAGAUUCUAUGAGUCUGUAUAUACAUAAAAGCAACAAAUGAUUGUUUGAUAACAUUAUCACUGGCUUUGGAAAACUGCUUGUAUUCAAUGUCUGGUGAGUUGUAGUCACUGAAGUUAUUUUGGAGAGUGCUGAUUAAAAUUUGGACUCAUCCAAUGUUAUUGCUCCCAAAGCUUUUAGCUACUGAGUCCAAAGGCAGUGAGUGUAACUAAGACAGAAACAUUGAGCACUGUUUGUUGAGCACUGUUUAUAAAGUAACUUAUAUAACCAAUCAUUUUUUUUUUUUCUCCAGAAGCCAGCUCAACCUCAUAAUACCACCUUCAUUAUCAGGCUAUGCUCAUUUUCUUCUUAAAGUACUUUAUUGGCCAUUUUUUCCAGAGUAUUAAACUCACCUUGCCAAAUCUUCUGCAGCUCUACAUCAAUUAAAAAUAAUUUGGAAUUUGUUAGUACUCCAGUAAGGUGCAAUCCCUUAAAACUGCAGAAAUUCUGGCAGUUAAUCCAGUAAAAACAUAUUCUGCGUGCAGCAUUAGAAAACUUCAACAUUAUUUUACCAUGGCCCUUUUCCUGAGCAGUAUUCAUAAACACAGCAAUGGUUUUAACUAUGAAUUAAAUUUAUUUUAUUUAAAUCUCAUUGAAUUUUGAUGCAGAAUUGUUUUAGACCUUUUAUUGAUAAUCUUCAGAGUGAAUAAAUUCAAAUCAUAAAUCGGGGCAAUGCUUAAAAAAUAUAUCAUUGUUCUAAUGUUAUCAUAUGAAGGCAUGCUUCAGGCAACUUGUAUUAAUUUAUAUUUUUAAUAUAAUUAAAGAGUAUUUUUAACUUGUUUGU